AUGUAUCUAUCUAUGUAUCUAUUGCUGUUUUUGUAUCUAUCUAUCUAUCUACUGUUUUGUCUUUAUCUAUCUAUCUAUCUAUCUAUCUAUCUAUCUAUCUAUCUAUCUAUGACUCUUCAUCAUCUAUCUAUCUAUAUAUCUAAGACAGUUCUUUAUCUAUUUAUCUAUCUAUGUAUCUAUCUAUGUAUCUAUUGCUGUUUUUUUGUAUCUAUCUAUCUAUCUAUCUAUCUAUCUAUUACUGUUUUUGUCUUUAUCUAUCUAUCUAUCUAUCUAUCUAUCUAUCUAUCUAUCUAUCUAUCUAUGACUCUUCAUCAUCUAUCUAUCUAUAUAUCUAAGACAGUUCUUUAUCUAUUUAUCUAUCUAGUAUCUAUCUAUGUAUCUAUUGCUGUUUUUUUGUAUCUAUCUAUCUAUCUAUCUAUCUAUCUAUCUAUCUAUUACUGUUUUUGUCUUUAUCUAUCUAUCUAUCUAAGACAGUUCUUUAUCUAUUUAUCUAUCUAUGUAUCUAUCUAUGUAACUAUCUAUUGCUGUUUUUUUGUAUCUAUCUAUCUAUCUAUCUAUCUAUCUAUCUAUCUAUCUAUCUAUCUAUCUAUCCUUCCGUUCCAAAAUGAUCAUCUAUCUAUCUAUCUAUCUAUCUAUCUAUCUAUCUAUCUAUCUAUGAGUGUUCAUUAUCUAUCUAUCUAUCUAUCUAUCUAUCUAUCUAUCUAUCUAUGUAAAACUCUUUAUCUAUCUAUCUAUCUAUCUAUCUAUCUAUCUAUCUAUCUAUCUAUCUAUCUAUCUAAGACUGUUCAAUAUCUAAAACUGUUCAUUAUCUAUCUAUCUAUCUAUCUAUCUAUCUAA